AUGGAGAUUAAGACAAUUUUCAUUGCAUUUUUCAUAAUCACCACUUUGGUAUCAUAUGCAUAUCCAAGUUUAGACCAAGAAGGUGUUGACGAUGAACCACUAGUUAAUCCCGGUCGUGAGUUUGAUGUAUUAGAUACAAUAUCGCCGGCUUCGGAAGAUUACAAUAUUUAUAUGUUAGAGAACCUUCCACCAAAAUACAAAAUGUAUUUCAAAACCUGCAAGGACAAGAUGGGACCCAGUAUUGAGACAUGUAGUGUUGAUAUUCUUAAAGAAAUGCUUACGAAUGAACAUGUUUCAAGAGAGUGUUGUGAGAAAGUAGUACAAUCUGGAAAAGAAUGCCACAUGGUGAUAUAUAAGUUGAUGUUUCGAUUGUAUCAACUCAAACGCUUUGCUAAUCAGGCUUCUUUCAAAAUUAAUGAGGUUUGGAAUAGAUGUUCUGCUGAAGUUGGAAGUCAUUCAUCACCCAACGAUGUCGCGAUUUAA